AUGGUUUUAUCAUUUUCGAUCAUUGAACAUAACGACCGGCAAACUAGAAUUUAACAUAACAAGUUGAUGAUUAAAGACAACUGCACAAGCGUUAAAAAGGGUAUUUUGAUCAGAGGAAAAUACAGAUUCCACUGGUCAUAAACUCAACAUAAGCUCCUCAAUCCUCAGUAAGUUUUAUAUAUGUGCUCUCACUUGAACAAACUACUGUAAGUUCGAACAAUGGAUUCAGAGGUUGAACAUGAAGGCAUUCAAGUGGACGGGGAAUUGGGUUGGGGAAGGUCUUUACCAGUACCAAGUGUCCAGGAGAUGGUAAUGAAUGACUCAGAGUUUGUUCCUGAAAGAUACAUACAGGAAAACAAGGACAGGCCACUCGAUUCGAGCUUCUGCCCCGAGUUUCCAGAAAUUCCAGUCAUAGAUUUGUCUCUGCUGAUCAAUGGAGAUAAAGACGAACUAGACAAGCUAGACUUUGCUUGCAAAGAAUGGGGUUUCUUUCAGAUAAUUAACCACGGAGUGGCAGAGGAAGUUUUAGGUGAAAUGAAGGUUGUGGUAGCAGACUUUUUUAAUCUCCCAUUGGAAGAGAAAAAGAAGUAUUCAAUGGCAGAGAAUGACCUUCAAGGAUAUGGCCAAGCAUAUGUAGUUUCAGAAGACCAAAGACUGGAUUGGGGUGACUUGAUAUACUUUAUGACAUCCCCACUUGAAGCUCGGAACAUGAAGUACUGGCCAACAACAUUAUCAGGUUUCAAGGAAGCAGUUGAAGAAUACUCGAGAGAAAUAGAGAGAGUAAGUGAGGAAAUCAUGGCCAGCAUGUCUUUGUUAAUGGGAAUGGAUAAGAAAGGUUUGAAAAGGCUUCAUGUAGUGAUGAAACAAUCAAUGAGAAUGAACUACUAUCCACCAUGCUCCAGGCCUGAUCUUGUUCUCGGAGUUAGUCCACAUUCCGACGGGGGAUCCAUAACCCUACUUCUCCAGGACGAAGACAUCACCGGUCUUCAAAUCAGAUACAAGGAAACAUGGCUUCCUGUAAGGCCAAUCCCAAACGCACUGGUGGUCAACGUUGGCGAUGUUGUUGAGGCUUGGAGCAAUGGGAUGUAUAAAAGCAUUGAGCACAGAGCUGUAACGAAUGCUAACAAAGCAAGAAUGUCAAUAGCAACAUUUGCGAUUCCACAUGAAGGAAUUGAGAUUGGUCCUGUGGAAUCAAUGAUGAAAGAUCAACCAAGAAUGUACAAGACCAUUAAGUACUUGGAUUAUAUUAUACAUUCUCUAGGGAGAAAAAUGGAUGGAAAAGCGCACACAGACUUUCUCAAGUUAGAAAGCGAGUGAUGAAUCAAAUGCAAGGCAGCAAAGCAUCAUUUAAGUGCUGUCCAUUGUUGCAAAUGUUCUUUUUUCUUUCCAAGUUUCGACUUCAGAAAUGACGAGAACU